CGACGGAGACUGGUCCAGAGUCCCAAGACUUGAGCGGCUCCUCGGGGUUCGGCCGAUUCCACAUCCAGGACAUCUUGUCACUGAGGCAAGACAUCUGCCCCGACCAGGUCCUCCACCAUCCCGGGAUCAACUUUGCUUAUAUCUGCUCCCGUCCCUCUUUGGCCCAUCACCAUUGCCCUCCCUCUCUCUCUUCCCGCCGUGGCCGUCAUCAACCCUCCUCUCCCCCUUCAUCCUUUGCCUGCUUUCCUUAGGUACAGCAAGGAACCACUUGUACCAGUGAACCUUGUCCGUGGGUUACCGUCCCAUCCUCUCGAGGUUUUGCUUUGGUCUCCCCGCAACCCCCCUACGAGACACAUCUAAAUACCACAGCCACCCGCCCUCUUCACAUCGGCGCGUGAGCUAGUCCAGCUCGUCACUAAACACUUCCUUCUCACCACCCCUAGGAAGUGUCUCGGACGCCUCACAGUCUUUAUUCACAAUGGCGACUCAUCACCAGCGCCAUUCCGCCCCCAUUGGCGUGAUUCCCGUGCCUCACGGUCCGGAGACGGGCCAGGAGCAUGAGGACUACCCCCGGGAGCACACCACCGCGCAUGAGCGCGAGAUCUUUGGUCACGUCACGCGUCCCGACGACUCAUAUACCCCCGACGGUGUCUACUGGGCCGAUUUGCCUUUGUGGAAGCGCGUCAGCUUCGUCAACAAGGUCGAUCGCGAUGAGGCCGCCAAGGAGCUCAGGGCCACCGGCGAGAUGAUGAAGAAGGACCCCCUUUCUCCUCUCACCUGGUACUUUCGCAACGCUGUUCUUCCCGGUGCCGGCCUCGGUCUCGAGGGUUACGUUCUGUUCUCCAUUGGUAACUUGGAGCCCCUUUUCGCUGCCGUCUGGCCCGAGUGCUGGGGCAAGGGACACGCCGUUUGCACACAGAACUGGGUCGCCUCUGUCACAUAUCUCGAGAUUGUCGGUAUCAUGAUUGGUCAAGCCGCUGUUGGUGUCAUUGGUGAUUGGAUUGGCCGUCGUUGGGGUCUCAUUCAGGAUGCCGCCAUCAUGUUUGUCGGUCUGCUGCUCUUGACCGGCUGCUGGGCCAGCUCCCUCCAGGGCUGGGUCAUUUUCUACGCCUGGUCCCUCUUCUUUUACGGAUUUGGUGUUGGUGGUGAAUACCCCAUCACUGCGACGUCCUCCAUGGAAAACUCCGUCACCGCCGGUCGUCUGUCUACCCGCGAGGAUCGCCUUCACCGCGGCCGCAAGGUCACCAUGGCUUUCCUGAUGCAGGGUUGGGGCCAGCUCAUCAACCAGGUCGUUCUCAUCGUCCUUCUCGUCAUCUUCAACCGCGGAUAUGGCAACGGCCCGUACACCCAGUCCGCCGCUCAGUACACCUUCCGUCUCUCUUUCGCCCUUCCCGCCAUUGGUACUCUGUGGCUCGUCUACUACCGUACCUGGAAGAUGCCGCGCGCAAACCAACAGCUUGCGCUGGCUAAGAAGAAGCAGGGUGUCACCGGUUACGACGUGAACGCUUUGAAGUACUGCUUCCAGCAGUUUGGUGGCCGUAUUCUGGCUACCGCUGGUACUUGGUUCUGCAACGACGUUUUCUUCUACGGCAACAAGCUUUUCCAGGGUCAAUUCAUCUCGGUCAUCUCCAGCAACCCCGAUUCCCUCUUGACCAAGUGGACGUGGAGUUUGAUCAACGUCGUCGUCUCCCUUGCCGGUUACUACCUCGCCUCCCUGUUCAUCGACAACAAGCUUUACGGCCGCAAGAUGAUGCAGCAGGUUGGCUUCUUCAUGUGCUUCGUCAUGUUCGUCAUCCCCGCCUUCAACUUCGAAUACUACACCAGCCCAGCUGGCGUUCACGCAUUCCAGGCCAUGUACUUCCUCAGCUCCUUCUUCAACCAAUUCGGACCCAACUCGGUUACCUUCCUCGUCGCCGGUGAGGUUUUCCCUACCCCCGUCCGCGCCACGGCCCACGGCUUCUCCGCCUGCAUUGGCAAGGCCGGAGCCCUUCUCGCCUCCGUCCUCUACAACUACAUCGACACCCAGACCAAGUUUCACGUUGUUCCUUGGUUUGGUCUCGCCGGCAUGGUCCUCACCUACUUCUUCCUGCCCGACACCACCGGUCUCGAUCUCAAGGAGCAGGAGCGUCGCUGGACCUACAUCCGUAGCGGCAAGGAGGCCGAGUACCACGGUGUCGCCGUCCACCCCACCCAUCUCAGCGUCUGGGAGCGCCUCCGUGGCGUCGGCAAGUACUACGACGCCGAGAAGGACCACAAGGCUCAGAUCGAGGACAUGCGCAAGGAGUGGGAGGAGAGACAGGCGAUGCAGGGCGAGAAGGAGCCCGAGGUCUGGGAGGACCCCGAGCUCUUCUCCGAGGCUAUGCACGGCUACUUCAAGGAGCAGCACAAGGGCAAGUCUCAGAGCGGUGUGAUGCACGACGCCGACGUGUCCGAGUCCUCGUCGGCGCGGGAGAAGGAGACGGGUGACGAGAUCCAGCCCAGCCCGAUGCUGGGAGCGAGGCAAGAUCGCACUGAUCUCGACGAGAAGAGAGGUUAAUUGUGCAUAAAGUGGUUUUUUUUUUUGCAUUAUACA